AUGAGGAUCUCCCUCAACACCUCCACGAACCACCAGGUCAAUUGGCGGCCAAAAUCGCGUUACAUAAUGCGCUCCCUCACAUUAUCGCCCGUGCUGGCCUCUUUGGCAAAUGUUUUCAAAAUCCCCGCUUCGCAGACCAUCCUCCGCCCAGCGGUCCCCCUUCUCAAUCAGACCACGAUCUCGAAGCCAUUGACACCAGGAAGACAAGAAAGCAAAGCGACGUUUUCAACAUCAUCGCCUCUGCUCAAGCAGAAGGGUCGCACAUAUGUUGACAAGAGAAUUACUUUAAUCCGCUAUUUCCUCCACCACCCUCUGACCCCGCGCCCCCUCCGCUUCAGUCGAGGCCGUUAUCUCCGUCACUGGACAAUUCACCGCGCCUGGCAACUCUACCAGGCCAACCGCCGCCGCGCCAAGCAACUCGAACUCCAGCGACAAUGGCAGGCUAUGAACGCUGCCUGUGAGGAGCUGCGGACGGGAGCUGGGGAUGGUGGAAAAUUGUUCAGGAAGAGUAUGAUCAAGACGAGGGUGUUUAGGGAUAUGUUUCCGAUUGAGUAUGGGCGGUUGCAGACUGAAGGGCCAGGAGAGGGAUGGAAUCAUGACUGGAAGCGACCGCAGCCGAAGAGGUAA